CGCGGCGGGCCGGGCAGGGGCGAGGGGCGCCGGGUUUCCAACUAGAAGAACACAGGAUGGACAGAGGGGCUCAACCAUGGAAUUGGGCAUCAGAGACUUCUAAUUCCCAGGCCAGAGGCUUCUGUUCAGAUCCUGUCCCUGAAACAUCCAGCAGUUCCACCGGGGCCAUGAGACGUUCAGUCUUGGUCAGGAACCCUGGCCACAAGGGGCUGAACCCCAAACUUGAAGAUGUGGAUCGUAUUUCUGAAGCCCCAGAGCCGGAUCCUGAAGACCUAAAUACUGUCUCGGAAGACGUGGAUCCCAACUUUGAAGAUCGAGAGUCCAUCUCUGAGGAUCUAGAUGGGGAGGUGAAAGGUUCCGGCUGUGUCUUGGGGAACCAAGACUCAGGUCCUCAAGAUCUGGACCCCGCUUCUUUGAAUGAUGACCUGGAUCCAGACGUCAUUGGCCCUGUGCCUCUGGUUCUCAACCCCAACAGCGAGACCCUCAGCCCCGCCGUUCCAGACGUGAACCCCCUUUCUUCCGAUCUCCAUGCCACCCCGAAGGCCCUGCCCACUAGCCCCGCUGCCGCGCGCCCAGCCCCAGCCAGCCCACCCCGGCCCUUCUCCUGCCCGGAUUGCGGGCGAGCCUUCCGCCGCAGCUCCGGCCUCAGCCAGCACCGUCGCACCCACAGCGGUGAGAAGCCCUACCGAUGUCCCGAUUGUGGGAAAUCCUUCAGCCACGGCGCCACGCUGGCCCAGCACCGUGGCAUCCACACCGGGGCGCGGCCUUACCAGUGCGCGGCGUGUGGGAAAGCCUUCGGCUGGCGCUCCACGCUCCUGAAACACCGCAGCAGCCACAGCGGCGAGAAGCCACACCACUGCCCCGUGUGCGGCAAAGCUUUCGGCCAUGGAUCGCUGCUGGCCCAGCACCUGCGCACGCACGGGGGUCCACGGCCCCACAAGUGUCCGGUGUGUGCCAAGGGCUUCGGCCAGGGCUCGGCGCUGCUGAAGCAUCUGCGCACCCACACGGGCGAGCGGCCCUACCCGUGCCCGCAGUGUGGCAAGGCGUUCGGGCAGAGCUCGGCUUUGCUGCAGCACCAGCGCACCCACACGUCCGAGCGGCCCUACCGCUGCCCCCAUUGUGGCAAAGCCUUCGGCCAGAGCUCCAACCUCCAACACCACCUCCGGAUCCACACGGGCGAGCGGCCCUACGCCUGUCCCCACUGCUCCAAGGCCUUCGGGCAGAGCUCGGCACUGCUCCAACACCUGCACGUGCACUCCGGAGAGCGCCCCUACCGCUGUCAGCUUUGUGGCAAAGCGUUCGGCCAAGCCUCCAGCCUCACCAAGCACAAGCGGGUCCACGAAGGGGCGGCGGCUGCAGCUGCGGCGGCUGCCACUGCAGCCGGGCUAGGCCUGGGGCCUGGCUUGAGUCCUGCAUCCAUGAUGAGACCCGGACAGGUCUCCUUCCUAGGUCCUGAUGGUGUCUCAGUGCUCCACUCAGGCCUAGACCUCAGCUCUGGGUCUAGCUCCACUCACACCACCUCUGAUCCCGCCGCCGCGCUGGAUCCUUUCCCCAAGCCCAGCUCCCAAGUCCUCUCUGGCUCUCCAUCUACCCUCAGCCCAGAUCCUGCUGAGUCUUCUGACCCUAAGCUUGGUCACAAUGUUGAUCCCAAUGUUGUGCCCAGCCCUGAUCACCAGUCUGAUCCCAGACCUGAUUCUGAUCCUGAUCCCAACCUUGACCUCUGCUCUCCCACCCAUGACACUGCCAGCCCAGCCCUCCCUGCCAAUGAGGGCCCAGAGUGGGUAAAGGAGCAGGGGGCACUGCUGGCGCCCGAUGGUUGAAGGGGACGUGGCAUCAUGGUGUCCUGGGGAAGGUUGUCUGUCGUGCACUUAGUAAAAU